AUGACGGCUAGUCUCGAUAUCGAAGAGAAAGGGGAAAUCACUUCUAAAGAGAUCGAAAAUGCAGGCCCAGAUGCCCCGUUUUGGUCUCCGGAGGAGGAGAAAUCUCUAGUGAGGAAGAUCGAUUUGGUUCUCCUGCCAAUGGUCUGGAUUAUGUACUUGCUGUCGUACAUGGACCGAACAAAUAUCGGAAACGCAAAGAUCUCGGGCAUGGAGACCGAUUUGGACUUGACGUCGAACCAAUAUUCCAUUGCUUUGGUUGUUUUCUUUAUCGGCUAUGUCGUCUUUGAAGUUCCCAGCAAUAUGCUCCUCAGUCGAAUCAGACCAUCGUUGUUCCUGUCAGGGAUCAUGACGCUGUGGGGUUGUGUCGAGGCAGGCUUCGCACCAGGCGUUCUCAUGGUGAUUGCAUCUUGGUACAAGCGGACAGAGCAGUCCAAGCGAUUUGGUAUCUACAUCUCCGCUGCCAUUCUAUCCGGUGCAUUCGGAGGCCUUCUUGCGGCCGUAAUAGUCAAGGGACUGGAAGGAACACACGGUAUCAGAGGCUGGCGUUGGCUCUUUAUCGUGGAAGGAGCUGCAACGAUUGGCGUUGCCUUGGUUGCUGCAUUUGUCCUUCCGGACUUUCCUGCCACGUCGAAAAGGUUUUCGGAACGACAGCGAAGUGUUGCGGUUGCUCGAUUAGCAGACGACGUCACAGCCAUGACCCAAGAUAGUGAGCAAAUAUCACCACAGAGAGCCAUGGUUGAUUCUGUCAAGGAUUGGCGAACCUGGAUGUUUGUCGUAGGGUAUAUGGUUAUCGUUGGAUCUAGUACGCUGUCGUACUUCUAUCCCACAUUAAUCGAAGGUCUCUUCGGAGACUCUUCCACCGAGAGAACAAAUUUCCUGACAAUCCCUAUUUACGGUGUUGCAUUUGUCUGUACAUUAAUCACAUCCUAUUUCAGCGAUAAGAUCCCCUCAUGGCGAGGCCUCAUCAUCUCAUGCUGGUUGAUUUUCUCGCUUAUAUGCUCAAUCGCAGUGUGUGCAGUAUAUGACUACACCGCUCGAUAUGCGUUCCUCGUGCUCAUGGCAUCGGGUCUCUGGACAACAAAUGGAAUGAGUCUUGCCUAUGCGUCAUCGGCAUUUUCGAACAUGCAUCCUCAGACCAGGGGCGUAAGUCUCGCAUUGGUGAACGCACUAGGAAACCUAGCGCAAAUCUACGGCUCGUACUUGUUCCCGGACUCUGACAGUCCGAAAUAUAUCAUGGGAUUCUCCGUUAUCUCAGCAAUGUUGGCCUUGGGCGUUGUAGUAUACUUGGCGUUGCACUUCUGGUUCCGUCGUCGAGCGAAGCGAGCAGAGAAUGAGCGACCCGAGGGAUGA